AUGUGGUGGCUGUUGAGGAAUACUGUGAGGCACUGUGAGAGUCGCGGUUGUUUGUUUCCAUUUUCGAUAUCGUUUUUCCAGAAUUGUGCUUCGAGGAGCGAUCCCGAUACCAUUUCUUCAGUGAUGAAAAGACGGCUUCGACGAAAUGCCUCUUACAUUGCUAAAUAUCCAGAAAAUGUCAUUAUGAUGUGGGUCGGGAGUGUUCCACGAAUUGCUCGUAAAAAAAUCUCGUGUGCAGAUGGAAUGGAGGAACAAUCCCUACACAUUUGUUUCGUGUACUGUGUACCGCAUUCUAAGACUUUGGUUGAAAUUAAUCUCGUUCGUCCCUUGAAUGAAUUAUUUCUUCAAACAUGUGACAAGAUAAAAGAAAAAAUCAGCAAAUUUAUUCAUAAACAGUCAAGCAAAGUGGCUUGUGAUGAGAGCGACACCUUUGAAUUUUUCUUUUCUUCACCAGGUCACCCUAAUUUGCUUCUUUCCACAAACGAACAAGUAUAUAAGGAUGAGAAUGUACUUGAUAUGUGUAUCAAUAACAAAGCGUACCGUUUACUGCGGAACCCUCCUCGAUGUACAAAGCUAGUUAUAAAGCUGAAACCACUAGUUGGAUGUCCUCUCAUGGCUAGUUUCUUAUUAGCGGAGAACUUACGAAAAGUAGAGCCAUCAUUUCAUUGGUAUGUUGGAGAACCCGAUACAUGUUUAAUUUCACCAGUUCUGAAUAAUAUUCCAGGAGGAAAAUUGAAGUACACGAUGGAUGGUUGGAUCUAUCGUUCCACGGGCAAAUACUUUUGUCCUUCUGUUGAAGAUAUUGGAAAACGUAUCUGCGUAUUGCUCGAUAUGGGAGCAGAUAUGAUCGUAUAUUGCGCUGAUAGUGAUAGCGAGGUUUCUGAAGUCGGUGAAACACUGAUUUUUGAAGAAAGACAAGCUACUUUUUGUCAAGAACAUGCAAAUAGUGGAAAUAUACGGGUGAUUUCAUAUAAUGUUCUUGCUAACUUAUAUUUGGAUUUAAAGCUCAAACAAGAAGAUCUGCAUUUCCCAUAUUGUGCAAAGGAAUAUCAGAAUUACGAUUAUCGGUACCCUAUUUUACUUCGAGAAAUUCCUGGUUACCAAGCAGAUAUCAUAUUUUUGCAAGAAGUAGAUGAACGAUUUUGGUUACGCUUCUUGCCUGAUGUGAUGAGCAGUCAUGGAUAUGAUUGCUACUUUAAAAAGAAAGGAAUGAAAGUAAAUGAAGGAUUGGUCGUUUGUUUUCGUAGGAAACAGUUCAGGUGUCUUGAAAGCCAUAACAUGUGGUUGCCGGACCUUCUAAAUACUGGAACAUAUCCUGAAAACACUGAUAUAAUUAGAUUACUUAAAAGUAAUGAUGAAUUAAAUGCCAUGUUUGUAUCAAAACCUGCAGUUAUACAGGUGUUAGUCUUGGAUAGCAGUAGUCUAUUCGCAAAAGAAAGUGGUAUUUUAUUGCUAGCAAAUACUCAUUUGUAUUUCGAUCCUCGCUUUGAAAUCAUCAAAAUAUUGCAAGCAUUACUAUGUGCUCGAUGGAUUGUACGUGUUGCUACAAACUAUGCAAAUCGUAACCCUAAAGCAAAAUUACAUAUCUUGUUUGCUGGAGAUUUUAACAGUACACCAGAUGGAGCUGUUUAUCAUUUGCUCAGCACAGGAAAUAUAUCAGUUAAAAGUGACUGCCUUGCGUACAGUCAAUAUCCUGAAAUUUAUGGUGAUAUAAAUUUUACCAUUCAGCCGUCUUUUCCAUCGUUCAGCUUAAACUUGAUAAAUUUGGGUGACGAAACGCAGUUCACAAAUUAUACACGUCAUUAUCGAUAUAAUGGACAAAUUGCUGGUUUCGAAGGAUGUUUGGACUACAUUUGGGGAAGUGCUAAUGUCAAAAUACAGAAAGUUAUUCCAGUACCACCAAAAGAACUUGCUAAGAACUUAUUUGAUAUUCUGUGA